CAGUCAGUCCCGGUACCGAGUACUGAUACCCACUGGGUUCCGGUAUCGGCAGUGAUGGCCUGGUGUAUAUGCUGAGCAACAGGAAGAGCCCUUCGUUUCCCAGUCACGUGUGGACUUGAGAGGAGGAGGAGGAGCUGUUGUUUGACGUUCUGAGAAGGAUGGAUCAAAACUCAGGCUCUUCACUUUCUAGAAUGUUUACUGGCUAUGAUGAUCCUGAGAAUACCGAAGUGUACGAAGAUGAACUUUAUCCUGAGGAGUCAUCCAGUGAGGAGAGUGUUGAUAGUGAGGUGGAGUUCCAUCUCUAUAGCCAGAUCCACUAUUCCCAGGAUCUUGCAGAAAUGAGCACGCUGGAAAUGGAUGAAGAAGCUGAUGUUGGAGAAGUCAGGAGUCAAAAUUCAGGUCUAAGUGAGGAGCAGGAUGAGGGUGAGAAACUCGCUGAGCUCACUGAUGGUGGUACUCAGCUUUCAAAUGAGCCCGAGGUCAUCGUCCUGUCCGACACAGCAGAUGAAGACAGCAUCUAUGAAAGCAAGGCCAAGAGGUCAGGGUGCUCUUCAGCUCGAGGUAAAGCACACAUGCACCCGGUAUCAUCCACACCAAACCACACCAAAGCUGCUGGGUGUGAUGCCCUGUGUCCCCCCGAAUCUGCCGUGGGCACACCAAGGAAGAAGAGAAACAGCACUGCUGAGAGGCCUGUCCCAGUGUGUCCUGCUGCACCUCAAGCCAUCCACGACGUGUUGGUGAUAGACAACAGCUCAGAGGAGGAGAGCUUGAUCUCUGACAGUGAUCACCUCGAGAGCUGGAUGCUCCUGGGAGCUGGUGCUGACGACGGAGAUGGAGACAUCAUGUUGAACCUUGAGGGCUGUACCACUCCUGUCAGCCAAGGAAAAAUUGAUGUGAACUGGUCCAUCUCUCAUAAAGACUUAGAGGCACAGAUCUCCAACUAUGCGGGCGUGAGGCACAGCAGCAUGCGGUACUACUCAGCUGCCAAAAAUGUUACUUGUAGGAACUGCCACAGACGAGGACAUUUGUCCAAGAACUGUCCCACUCCAAAGAAAGUUCCCCCUUGCUGUCUGUGUGCAGGAAGAGACCAUCUGCAGCACAGCUGCCCAGCACGUUUCUGUCUGAACUGCUGCCUGCCCGGGCACUAUUUCAAGGAAUGCCUGGAGAGAGCCUACUGGAACAAACACUGCAACCGCUGCGACAUGAAGGGCCACUAUGCUGAUGCUUGCCCAGAAAUAUGGAGGCAGUAUCACCUAACAACAAAGCCAGGGCCCAUCCAGGCAGCCAGCUCCCACUCGGAGCGCUCCGUGUCCGUGUACUGCUACAACUGCUCCCGCAAGGGACACCUGGGAUUCGAAUGCUCAGAGAGGCGGAUGCAGGGGAACAUGUUCCCCACCUCUCCCUUCGUCUACUACUACGACGAUGAGUGUGACAUCAGGAGGAGAGCCAGCAGGCUCAAAAGAAAGGUGGCAGACCUGCAGGAAGCUGGCCUUCUGCCUGAACAGUCUGAAACAGCCUUGCAGGAAGAACAGCCUGAGGUGCCCAGCCACAAGAAAAAGAGCAAACUUUGGAAAGAACAGCAGGGGAAGCAAAGCAAGACCAGUGCACAGCAGAAGAAGAUGAAGAUGUCCCAGACAAAGAAAGCCCAGGAGAAGAAACGCAAGAGAAGUGUUGAAAUCCACUGUGAACCAGAGGACUUCCCUCGGGGGUGCAAGCAGCAGGGGUUGAAGGGCAGCAAGGUCCACAAAUCCCUUUUCCAGGCAUUCUCAGGCAGCAAGGCCAUGUGUGUGCAGCAGCAUCUAGAAGGUGCCAAAAUGAAGAAGAAAUGGAAGAAGCAGAAAAAUGCUAGUCCUGACAGCAGGGACAAUCUGUUGCUUAUAAAACAACGGAAGAAGAAGUCCAAACAGAAAUCCUGGUGAUGGCAAGGUAGCACUGGCAUUCCCUGGCUCUGGCUCUGCCUUCUCUUUGUUCCUGUCCCUCUCUUAGCACAUGAAUUCCAGUCCGUCCCUGUCCCAGCAUGCUGGGCAGCAUCACCCGCCCUGUCCAUGUGCACAGCCAGAGGGGACCACUCCCUCUGUGUGAGUGUCCCCGUGGCAAGCAGGACCCAGUGCUCCUCAAUAUGCUGUCUGUUUAUUUUCUUUGCUUGGGGAUGUGGGGGCACGCUGGGUUUGGCAGGGUUUGUUUCUUCACCAGUGAGAUGUGGCUGUGCUGUUGGAGCACAGCAGCUUUGGGGCCAAUGCCAGGGAGGCUUGGGUCAGGGGGCUCAGGGUGGAAAGCAGGAACACGGG